AUGUACGUUAUUGAAAUCCUGAUACUUUACAUGUCUCCGCGGGAAGCCGCCCAUUGCACACAACUACAUAUUCAAACUACUCAUCGUCACUUAGACACCUCUUAUUAUAAUGACCCGGCACCCCCUUUCAAUUUCCGUUCCGCCUCCCCCUCCUUUGGGUUCUUCCGUGCCCCCAACCCCAGCAGAGUGUUUCUCUGGUCAGCCGCUCCACCGUGCACACAUGUGGCUUGGGAACUGAAGCUACAUAUACUACUUAUCAGUCCUCUUCCUCCUCCCUCCAUCACUAUCGUAUCUCCACCCACCCACCCCACAAUUCACAUCUACGUCUACCAAGAAUAUCAUCACAUCAUCAUCAUCAUCACCACUACUCACUCACAAUACUUCAUUGAAUUUAACGCCCCAACCAAAAACCAAAUACUCAUAAUGUCUUCAUACACCACAAUGGAUGAGUCUUUCACAAACGAGAACGAGAUCUACUACGCAAACUCAAAUUUCUCAAAUUACCCAAUGUUCACAGAACAGGAGCUGUAUUGCUUCUUGCCUGCCGAGCAGAACAUAUAUCAGAAUACGGAUGGAGCAGUGUACCCCCAGUUUGCGACGGGAUAUUACGACAAUGGGAUUGUCCCAAUGCAGGAUUGUUAUUCAAUGGGGAUUCAGGAUGGAUAUAUGAGUGCGGAGGAGGAUGCAUUUAGUUGCCAGCCCAGCCCGUUUCUCGAGCAGCAGUACCCCAGAUCUUCGUUCAUGGACAACAAUGGGUCUCCAAUCACUCCGUCAGGAUCGCCUCUUGCAUCGGAGAUUGAAUAUUAUCACAACUCAGUACCCUCGUAUAUGCUUGUUCCCGGACAUCAAAAUGACCAGGUUCAAGAGUACAACAGCUACGAUGUCCCUGCAGCCUUCAAUUCGUCUUCUGUCCCCUCGUUGGCCAGCAGCAUUAGCUCCCAGGAUACCGUCUUGGAUUCACCCUGCAUGUCUUCCCCAGCAUUGGGCAGCCCUGGAUCCGAUGACGACGAAGAUGAGGAGGAAUAUGAGAAUGAUUUGUCUCUCCUACCAAACCAGGGCAACAAGGAGCUCAGGGGAAUGGGCCUUUACGACUCGCCUCCAGAUCUUUUUUACACCAACUGUUCCACACCUACAGGGUGCUCGCCUGUCUCGCCUCACGCCACUUUGGGAAAGGGAUUGGUCUUGGAGAGGAGCUUUGGGUUGCCGGAUGAGAUGAUGAUCAAGGAUGAGUCAUCGGGGAAGAUUAUCAAGGGGAAGCUUGAAGCGGAGGAGGAUGAUGAGGAGCCAAUGAUGUACGAUGAGGAGGAGUGUGGAGAAUGGGAUGGCACUUACCAAAACACCUUCCAGCCACAGUACGAUAUUUCUUUUUAUUCUUCUCAGACUAAUAGAGGGUGGUAA